UUUGUGAUCUAACUUAUCUUCUUCAUCUCUUCCAAAGAAUUAUUAAACCCUUAUUUUUCUAAACCUAAAGUUUCAAAGUCUAAUUUGAACUUGUCAAUUUUGGUUCUCAGUAGUAGACAAAGCGGUUUGAGUUUUUGAUUCUGUCAACCAGCAGACAGGGAUUGGAAAUGUUAGGAGAUUUCAUUACUCGGUGUCUUAUAUUGCUUCUUGGAUAUGCAUAUCCUGGAUUUGAAUGCUAUAAAACAGUAGAGAGAAACGAGGUUGAAAUGGAUGAACUUCGAUUCUGGUGUCAAUACUGGAUCAUUGUUGCUUUUUUUACGGUUCUGGAAAAGUUUGCUGAUGUGGUUAUUGGAUGGUUGCCUUUGUAUGGAGAAUUGAAGCUUGCACUUUUUAUAUACAUGUGGUAUCCCAAAACUAAGGGGACAGGAUAUGUUUACAAUAAAGUGUUGAGACCAUAUGUAUCCAAGAAUGAAAUUGAUUUUGACAAGUUGUUUCAAGAAUGGAGAGUUAGGGCGUGGGAUUUGGCAAUUUUUUACUGGCAAAAUUGCACUGAGUUAGGACAGACUGCAUUUUUUCAAGUUUUUGAUCACUUGGCUGCUCAGUCCAAGAAACUUUCAAGCAAAUCCUCCAAGAAGAAAAAAGAUGGACAGAAUCCUAUUCCUAGUGCCCCACCAUUGCCUGAAAUAAGAUCAGCUUUGUUUGAAUUCCAACAAAAUGAUUUCUUUGGCCGCAAGAACAAGUAACUAACCCCAACCAAAUACAGUGAUCAAGCCCAAUUAUGAAGCCCACUUCAUGUUGAAAUUGCAACAUUUUUGUACAUAUACUCACAUUAAGCCCAACAAGAUAACACCAUUGUUGACUAUUUUAACAUUGUUGAUGCUUUCUAGUUUCUACAUGUAAAUAAAUUGUAACAUAAUAUAACGUGCUGCUGAAGACUGUUUUGUCUUUUGUGAUCAAA